UCGCGUGUGAAAAUAAUUGUGCCCAAUAGUUCUUGUGCACUCGACGAGUGAUAUUUUGAAGUUUUGUCUUUUAUCGCGUGACCGCGUUCACGAUGGAAGUUAAAAAUUUACGUUGAGUUACCUGACAAAGUGACAACAAGUAAUAUAGGAUCGAGAAGGAUACCGCAGGCAUUUGCGACGCCGCGGCAGAUUGAGCUUGCAGUGGAGCUUGCGGCCGAGAAUCCCAAAUUGUCCUGUCAAGGUUCACAGUCCCCAGCCUCUUAAGGAUUUUGUGGGACGCUGUCAAACUAUGCCAUCCAGGGUUAAGAAGUCUUUCUGUGGAUGCCUUCAGGAUGACGAGCCACCAGAGAUUACGUACUGCGUGGUUGAGCAGACGGGCACGCUCACGCUUCAAGCGAUGACCCCAACACUGCCCAUGCCCGUCGAAGAGGAGCUCAACAAGAUGUUUCUGGAAUUAGUUGAAGAACUUGAUCUUACUCAAGCCAAUCGUCAAGCAGUUUUAGCACUGCCAGCGAACAAAAAAUGGCAAAUUUAUUGUUCGCGAAAGGGUGCAGGUGGUCUUGAUAACGGAGGUCUUCGUACGACCGAUCUUAGUGGUGAUCCAGAAGACUACAUUAAUAGACUGAAAAAUAUUGCUUCUAAUCCAAACACUGAAGACGCAGAGGAAGUGACCACUCAAACGCAGCACGUUGAAGCUUUAAAGACAGCCCUUCGAACGCAACCUCACAGUUUUGUCAUUAGAUUCAUCGAAUUAGAUGGUUUACAUUCGCUAUUGCAAAUAUUAGAAAUAAUGGAUGUCGAAGUAGCAAAUAGCAAUCUUCACACGAGCGUCAUUGGCUGUUUGAAAGCCCUGAUGAACAAUUCCAAUGGUAGAGCUCAUGUAUUGGCUCAUCCAACAGCUAUCAACACAAUAUCUCAAUCACUAGCGACGGAAAACAUUAAAACAAAAAUUGCCGUCCUUGAGAUUCUCGGUGCUGUAUGUCUUGUUCCUGGUGGACAUCGAAAAGUUCUCGAAGCCAUGUUGCAUUUUCAACAGUAUUAUUCUGAAAGAACGCGUUUUCAAUCAAUAGUUAACGAUCUUGAUAAAAAUUUUGGCAUUUAUAAAGAUAAUUUAUCCUUAAAAACUGCAAUUAUGUCUUUCAUAAAUGCUGUUCUCAAUUACGGUCCUGGUCAAGUUACUCUAGAGUUUCGACUACAUUUGAGGUACGAAUUAUUGAUGUUAGGUAUUCAGCCGAUCAUCGAAAAAUUACGAAAAUAUGAAAACGAGACACUUGAUCGGCAUUUAGACUUUUUCGAAAUGGUGCGAAAUGAAGAUGAGAAAGAGUUGGCGCGGAAAUUCGAAAAAGAGCACGUUGAUACUAAAAGUGCAACUGCAAUGUUUGAUCUUUUGAGACGAAAACUCAGUCAUACUGCAGCAUAUCCACAUUUGUUAAGCUUGCUUGAGCAUUGCUUGCUAUUGCCACUGGACUAUGGAUCGUAUCCGCAACAUUGGCUGUUAUUCGAUCGAAUAGCUCAACAAAUAGUUUUACAAUCAGAAGGAAAUGAACCAGGAAAGACGAGAAACCCGGAUGUUGCACCUAUUGAAAUUAACGUGAAAGAAAUCGUACAUUUAUUGGCUAAAGAAGAAGAGCUAGUUGCUGCUCGAAAAAAAGCUGACGAGCUCGAAAAAGAAAACACAGACAUGUCAAGCAGAUUAGCAAAAAAAGAGCAAGAGCUUGAUUUACGAACGCAGGAAAAGGAAGACAUAGAGGCCAGCUUAGUCAGAAUUAAGGAGCGCCUAGAGAAAGAAACAUCGCUACAUAUUGAAACAAAGCAACGCAUUUCUGAACUGCAAGAUAACGUGGAAUCUCUACAGCGCCAAGUGAACAAUGAAAAAUCUGAGCGUAAACGUUUGGAGCAGUUAGUGGCUUCUGGUAGUUUACCGGAUGAUGCCAAAGCCACAUUAAAAAUAAUAGAAGAUGAAGUUUUGGAAAAAGUUGAAGCAAAACCAGCACCUCCACCACCACCACCACCGCCACUAGCGCCACCUCCACCGCCAUUGAUGAUGUCAGUUCCACCGCCUCCGAUGAAGAUGGAAAUAAUAAAGAACGUUCCACAACCAAGUAAUCCUUUAAAAUCAUUUAACUGGGCUAAAAUACCAGAGCAAAAAGUCCAAGGCACAAUAUGGUCUGAACUUGAUGAAUCAAAACUUUACAAUAUUAUGGAUUUAGAAUCAAUCGAUAAAAUAUUCUGCGCACAUCAACGAAACGGUGUGUCAGCCGAAGGUUCGAUCGAAGACUUACGUAAUCUCGGAAAAAAUAAAAAGUCAAUGUCUGUCAUUGAUGCAAGACGCGCUCAAAAUUGCACCAUUUUACUCUCAAAAUUAAAAAUGUCUGAUAGCGAAAUUACUCGAACGAUUCUAUCAAUGGACCAACAAAACAUUUUACAUAUUGAUAUGGUUGAACAAUUGCUCAAAUACAUUCCGUCAUCUGAGGAAGCUGCAUCUUUGGAUAUGCAUCAAAAAGAUCUUCAGAGUAGAGCAGACUGCUUUUUGCAUCAAAUAUCAAAAGUACCACAUUACGAGCAGCGGCUGCGAUCACUGCAUUACAAGAAGAAAUUUGCCGCCAGCAUUUCCGAGCUUACGCCUCGCAUGCGUGCAGUCUUGGAAGGUUCUCGUCAGGUGGCACGAUCACGAAGGCUUCGAAAACUUUUAGAAUUAGUUCUAGCACUGGGUAAUUAUGUGAAUAGAGGCAAUGCUCGAGGUAAUGCUUGUGGCUUUAGAUUGGCCUCACUCAAUCGACUAGUAGAUACAAAAUCAUCCAGCGCCAAAGGGACCACACUUUUGCAUUACUUGGUGCAAAUGCUCGAGUCAAGGUUUAAAGAUGUGUUAGACCUCGAAGAAGAUCUGCCACACGUGAAAACUGCAGCUAGAGUCAGCAUGGCAGAUUUGCAAAAAGAGAUGGCCAAUCUUAAGAACGGUUUACAGGAUGUUCAAAGAGAAAUCGAAUUUCAUCGCGGGCAAGCUCAAGUGCUCCAGGGUGAUAUGUUCUUGCCAGCAAUGCGCGAUUUUCAAGCUCAAGCUACUUGCCGCCUCGCUGAAGCAGAAGAUUUAUUCCAAGAUAUGAAAACCAGAUUUGAUAGAGCCGUGAGAUUAUUUGGCGAGGAUUCAGCUGGGAUUCAACCCGACGAGUUCUUUGGAAUAUUUGAAAAUUUUCUUCAGGCUUUGACGGAAGCAAGACAAGACGUUGAGAAUAUGCGUAGAAAAGUUGAAGAAGACGAAAGGCGUGCUAAGCAAGAACAAGAGCUGAAAAAACGUACAAUGGAACGCAAAAACUCUCGGGAAGGUAUUCUGAAUAAUAUUUCAUUGAAUAAGAAGAAUGAAGCGAACAACACAAAUGGCCAUGCAGAUAAUAAAGGAGAAUUUGAUGAUUUAAUAUCUGCCUUGAGAACUGGAGACGUAUUUGGUGAGGACAUAGCAAAAUUCAAACGAUCUAAACGUAGACCUGUGACUCCCAGUGGUAGCAUCAGUCAAGAAUCUCGCCGCCACAGCGCACAUAGAGAAGAUUCAAGAGAACGACAUUGAAUUUUUCUCAAGGCAACUCGAUUGAUAUUUCUGAUUAUGACUUAAUUUUAAAAUGUAAACUAUUAUCACCUGAUGUAAAACGGAUCUUAUUUAGUACUCUUCUUUUACAUUAUAAGUUUAAAUAUUUCAUGUGGAAGCAAUUUUUCCAUUUUGUCUUCUCAAGACUGACCUGCAUCGAUUCGAGUUAUGGAACUUAAUUUUAUGUUAAUAAUGACUAUUAGAACGAAUUAUACAUCUUUAUUUUUAAUUUUAGGACAUUUUUAUUAAUUAUAAUUAUCGACAUGUUUUUUCUGUGUGAAUCUAAAUUUUUUUCUAGAUGUCAUUCAAAAAGAUGUUUUUCUAUCAUUGAAUAUUCUAUUCCUUUGUACAUUUUGUUUAUAUGAAAUAUUAAAUUAAAAGUUAUAACUAAGUUUUAGAAGAAUUUUAAUCUUUUUUUUAGACUCUUAAUGCUUAUAAUUAGAUAAUUAAAAAACAUAAAAGGAAUAAAUUUGUAAAAAUUUUUUUGAGCGCAAAAAAUGUAUGAAUUUUUAGAGCAAAUAUUACUUUUUAUUAAUAAUUCGAUUCUAAAGUAAUCUUCAACCACGAAAAUAAACUCUUCACGAUAGAAAAAUUAAAUAAUAAAUUGGUUUUACUUCUUUUUUGGUUCAUUAUAAACGUUGACAAAGAGGAUGACGAAGCCAUAAAAAAAUCAAAAUUGUAACAAAGUAGAAAUUUAAUCUUUCAGAACAUCAAUGAAACGUUUUCUUGACCAUUUAUUGUCCAUUAAAUGACCAAUACGGUGAGUUGGCCGAUAAAUAUUCUAAAAAACGUUUUAUUAAUGCUAAAAAAAUGUUCGAUUUCUACCAGGGAUUUUUUAGAAGUUUUAAAAGUAGGAUUGAAAAAAUGAUUUUUGAGAUGACUUCACCAUCUCCUUAAUAAAAGGAAAAAUUAAAAAAAAUUCAAACUCAAUUAUAAUUUUUUAAGGUAUUUGAUCGAUAUUUUAAAUUAUCAUUUUUUGUAAUGACUUUGUUUUUCAGACGUACUAUGUAUCUAAAAUUAACUGUAGAAUACGAUCACAGCCUAAUUUUUUAAACUAUUAAUGAAAUAGAACAGUAUUUCUUAUUUUCAAAAACAAUUCCUAGAAGGUCACUGAAUGUAUAUCAUUCGAGAAUAAAAUUAAUAAUUGAUUUCAGUAAUUUACUUAGCUUAGGAUAGAAAAUUUAGAAACGUGGAUCGUGAAUCUUUAUAUGUAAUCGAAUAAAAAAGAAAAACGAAUAUUUCUUAAGAUAGUUGAGCGUUGUGUAGAAUAGAGGUUGAUGUUUUAUAAAAGCUUUUUUGUACUUUUGUAAAUAUGCUGUUUAUAUAUAAAUAUAUUUAUGUUUCUUUAGUUUUCUCUUAACAAGUAAGUGAAAGCAUAUUUUAUUUCAUCUUGGGGAAGGCGAAGCA